GGAUGGUGAGAAAACACACUUCCUGUGGGUAGAUGCUUGUACUGGUGGUGUGAGUGCGUGCAUGACACACGCAGACAAAGAGAUUUAAAAAAAAAAAUAUUUGGUCUACUUUGAUGAGUUUUCCUGCUUACCAAGUUUGUCGAGACCGUUUUCUAGUUUUCAACAUAGCUUAUACAUUCAAAGAGGCAAACGAGACGAGAAAGGCAAUCCUGAGAAAAUGACCAGACUUGGCUGCAUGCUUGUUGCCUUCCUCAUGCUCAGGACUGCUGUGAAGGGUGAUGAUGAACCACCAGUUGAACCACGUGUAUUCUUCUCGGGGAUAAAGUUUACUAUGAUCUGUCCAUGGAAGGAUUUGACAUGGUACAAAGGAAACAACAAAGAAUCAGAAAAUGACGAAAAUACAUUGACCAAACAGUAUAACAUGGAAAACAAGGGUGUUUACUGUUGCACUAAUGAUAGUCACAUCUACCAAUUUUAUGUCAGAGGAAAAGUGUGUGAAAACUGCUAUGAGAUGAACGGGAUUAUUGUUUUCCUCAUCGUUGCUGGAGACAUAGCGCUAACAACAGUUGUGAUUCUGCUGGCAUUCUUCUCUGCCAAGAGGCAGGAUUCAACCACAAGCACAUCUACCAAAGGGUCGUCUCGGGCAGCAGGUCGCAGCGGUCCGCCUGUCCCCUCACCUGACUAUGAGCCACUGAGACCUCAAACCCGAAACCCAGAUACUUACUCUACAGUACACAGGACUGGCUAGAGUCAUCUAGAGUCAUCUGGAGACACCGAGAGACAUUUGGAGACAUCUGGAGUCAUCUAGAGACAUCUAGAGUCAUCUGGACUUCCGGUUCACAGAGCUAAACCCUGCAUACACUUGUUCAUAAAACCACACUGUGAGGUUUUCACAUAGCACACGGUGAUAUAGUGUCAGAAUAGAGAUACUGAUGACUUUAUAUGGGCUUGCUUAGAGGAGCGCUUUACAAGGUACCACUGUACACGUCAAGGUACACGUCACAGGUAUGGAAUAGUUACUGCUGGUAUAGAAUAGUUGCUGCUUUAAACACAUUGAUAAAUAUUGUUGUACAUAUCUGUUUUCUACUGUAAUCAAAUUUCACUAUGACUUUGUUGGGUUGAAUGAUUUUGUUGGAAACCUGCAACGUCACCACAGGCAGCAGCAAUCUGCUAUUGACUGUGGGCCUGCUAAUUUGUUGUAUCGAGUUAUUUUGCAUUGCCUGUUUCAUGUCCCCAAGGCCUAACAAGCUUAACACCCAACAUGAGAGAUCGUACCCGAAGUGAACAGUGUUAAAACUGAAUGGGCCUAGAAUUUAACAGUGAGCAACCUGGUCUUCAUAGCUUUGCUUGUUGUGGGAAGCAGCCAACAGAUGCUCUUACAAACACAGAGCUAUACUUUGUUGUACACAGGCUCAAAACCACAGCUCGCAUAGUACGCCCUCACCAUGAUCUGUGCUGUCUUUCCAUUGUUCCUGUUUCUCGUGUGACUGACAUUUUUAACUGUUGAUAAUCAAAGUACCGUACCACAGUAUUCUUAGAAACGUUUGACAAAUUUAGAAGUAUUUUUUUCUUCAGAGUAUAUCUUACACAGUAGUCAACACAAAUGGAAAGAAUGAGCAACGCAUGUGCCUCGGGUUGCCUGCACAGCGUUCCUGCGGCCCUGCCGCAGAAAACAGUAACGAUGAUGAUGACGGAAAUGGAGGCUGAAAACAAGAUGCCACUGGAUGUCUUAUCUGCAACCAAAAUAAAGAUGACU